AUGCCAAGUAUUUGGCAUACAGUUUGGAGUCGCCUUGAUGCUAUGAUGGAUGAGCAGUUGCUAGAUGCCGCCAUCAAUUCAGGGCGUCAAACUGUUUGGCGGUUCAACCCCGCAUUUGAACCCAGAAUGGGUGUUUGUGCUGACCUCUGCAAGGAUUGCACAUGCCCGGUUGAUGAGUCAGUUCCUGGUGGACCUGAUGCUCGCAACAGUAGUGAGACAGUCGCCAAAGGAACCCAUCAUUUGUCACCACUGCAAGGACGCCUGUUGACUGCUGAGGAUAAGGAAGCAGCAUUUGUAGUCACUGUUACAGCCAACUACACCACCAGCGAACCUAAAAUUGUCUAUGCAGGCUGUCUCUUGUCUGAGAGAACUGUGCUGACCUUUUACAAUUCCUUGAUUGCGCCGCCCAACGACCCAUACAUCAAAAUAGAUGGCGCUGUGGUGACAGCCGGAGUGCAAGCCAGUGCCGCCCCCGAGGACAAACAAGUCCGUUUCGUGCCUUCCAGCAACAUCACCGCCUUCCCGGGACGAAAGCCCUCCUCAUACGACAUCAAUACGAGCUUGAAAAAUGCCAUGACGUUGCUUCAAGUCGCGGAGCCCUUCAUACUGGGCACCGCCACUCAGUUCAUUCGGGUCGCCACUGAUAGAGGGCCGAGUCUGGCCGCCAUCAGUGCAUCUGACCUCAUGGUUUUCGGCUUCCCUCGAAUCGUUCCGGGAUCCCCAGCAAAAUUCGAUGGGACAGUCUUGGGAAUGGAGUGCCCACUCACUUCACCAGGGUUCUUUUAUGGUGCAGACCUGGACACCAACGCCACUUCCUGUGUGGUAAUUUCUCCCAGGACAGGCUCAACUUGCAAUCCAGUAAGGGAAACGCUCUAAAAUGGU